GUGUGUGUGUGUGUAAGAGGUCCUGAGAAACAUCAUUAUUAUCAUCGUAAUCAUCAGCAGGAGCAGCGUCCGACGCCGUUGUCACAGCGCGGCAUAAAUAUUUAUGUUGACGAAUUUACCUGCGGCAGAGCGUCGCUAAUGAAGCGAGAAAAAUGAAAAUGAAAGGACAUAAUUAUGCUUAUGUUUUACGUGUUAAGUGCUUGGCAAGCACGAUUAAGGCGCUUUAUCACCCGCAACAACGGCAGCAACACGAACGGCAGGCACGCCAGCAACAGCAACACCAGAAACGGCAGCAACGGCAACAGCAACAGCUGCGACAGCAACACAAGCAGCAACACCAAAUGCUUUAGACUAACACACACACUCUGACACGCCCCAAAAAAAACCGAAAAGCAUUUAUACACACAAUACCAUACACACAGACAUACAGUACAUGCGACAUGCUUAAAGCAGCAGCAACAUUGUCCACCAUGGCUGAGGGAAAUGUGAAUUUGGAUGUGGAUGUCGACGUCCCAGCGAGCAUUUUGGAAAUAGAACUGCCAGCCAUUUUGCUCAACGACAGCCUCUUCAUCGAGCUGAAUGGCAAUCUCACCCAGCUGGAGGACACCAUCGGCACCAAUCUCAGCCAAAUCAUCUGGAAUAGCAGCAGCACCGGCAGCAACAUCAACCCCAACAGCAGCAUCUUCGAUUUGGAAGCCGAGCAGCGGGCGGCCAUGGAGUUCUGGCUGCUGGUCAAGAUGAUCGUCAUGGCCGUCGUUCUGGGUCUCAUGAUACUCGUCACCAUCAUAGGCAACGUCUUUGUAAUUGCCGCCAUUAUCCUGGAGAGGAACUUGCAGAACGUUGCCAAUUACUUGGUUGCAUCUCUGGCAGUGGCUGAUUUAUUUGUUGCCUGUCUUGUCAUGCCACUUGGCGCCGUCUACGAGAUAAGUAAUGGCUGGAUAUUGGGCCCGGAACUGUGUGACAUUUGGACGUCUUGCGAUGUCCUCUGCUGCACGGCAUCCAUUCUGCACUUGGUGGCCAUUGCGGCGGACAGAUACUGGACGGUGACCAACAUUGACUACAACAAUCUGCGAACUCCGCGGCGCGUCUUCCUCAUGAUUUUCUGCGUCUGGUUUGCGGCACUGAUUGUCUCCCUUGCCCCGCAGUUCGGCUGGAAGGAUCCGGAUUACAUGAAGCGCAUCGAGGAGCAGCACUGCAUGGUGUCACAGGAUGUGGCCUAUCAGAUCUUUGCCACCUGUUGUACCUUCUACGUGCCGCUGCUGGUGAUUCUGUUCCUGUACUGGAAAAUUUAUAUAAUUGCCAGAAAGCGCAUUCAGCGGCGAGCCCAGAAGUCCUUCAACGUCACUCUCACCGAGACAGAUUGUGAUUCCACAGUGCGGGAGCUGAAGAAGGAGCGGGGCAAGCGGCGGGCCCUGCGGAAGCGCCAGGAGGCGGAGGAACAGCGCGGCAUCGGUAAAGACGGAGAGGCCAACGAUUCCCAGCUGCAGCGGCGACCUCGGAAAAGGAUGCGCAUCUGCUUCGGGCGCAACACAAACACGGCCAACAUCUGCGCGGGAUCGGAGGGGGCGGUGGCCAGGUCGGUGGCCGCCAUCGCCGUGGACUUCGCCAGCCUGGCCAUCACCCGCGAGGAGACGGAGUUCAGCACCAGCAACUACGACAACAAGAGCCACGCGGGCACCGAACUGACCACCGUGUCCAGCGAUGCUGAUGAUUACCGAACCAGCAACGCGAACGAAAUCAUCACCCUGUCGCAGCAGGUGGCACAUGCCACACAGCACCACCUGAUAGCCUCGCAUUUGAACGCCAUCACGCCACUGGCCCAGUCCAUCGCCAUGGGCGGUGGCUGCUUGACACCGGCCACGCCCUCCGAUGGCGGCGAGAGCGUGGGCGCUGACGGAGGACUCGAGAAGGGCGGCGGGGGAGGUCUGGAGGGCUGUAGUCCUGGCAAGAACGCCGGCGUGGGCAUCGGCGGGGUGCUGGCCAGCAUCGCCAAUCCACAUCAGAAACUGGCCAAAAGGCGGCAGCUCCUGGAGGCGAAACGGGAGCGGAAGGCAGCUCAGACCCUGGCCAUAAUCACCGGCGCCUUCGUCAUCUGCUGGCUGCCAUUCUUCGUCAUGGCUCUGACAAUGAGCCUGUGCAAGGAGUGCGAGAUCCACACGGCGGUGGCCUCGCUUUUCCUCUGGCUGGGAUAUUUCAACUCGACCCUGAAUCCGGUCAUCUAUACCAUUUUCAAUCCAGAAUUUCGAAGAGCCUUCAAGAGGAUCCUCUUCGGUCGGAAACAUGCGGCCCGGGCCCGCAGUGCAAAGAUUUGAUUUCAACUGAAGGAUAACGAGGACCAGUAUCUGUAAUAGCGGGCCAGGGCUUGAGGAUCUGAGGCUGAAGUUAUCCGCAACAUACUGCUGGAAUAUGCUACGGAAUUGGCAGUGCAUUAUGAGAGAAACUAGAAAGUAGAGGCGAUGUUUUUAGCAGAGACAAUCCUAACUAGUUUUAAAAAACUAACUACAACUCCUCACCACACACACGUGCCCCAAAAGACAACCGAAAAGAUUAAUAUCGAUGAACCCCAGAGAUUUGUAAGCGCUUAAAAAUACGGGAAUACGGAAUUAAAUAUCUGUUAGCUGAUACUCAUUAGGGCUAAGUUAUGUAUGUACGCCAUUUAUGAUUAGAUUUCUAAAGUCUUCCCUGUGUCUUAAAGAAAACCACGAUAGUACGAGUAGAUACCCUAGAGUCCUAAGAGUGUUGGAUGAAUUGCGAUCGGAGAUCGAUACAAGAAGGCUGGGUCCAAGGAAAUUCUUACGCUUUCAUCUUCUGUGUUAGUUUCGUUUUUAGUAGCUUAGGCAGCGGAAAAUGCUCAAUUAUUUCAACAUAAUCUGCAUGCGAGUACCAACUAAAAGUUAAAAAUUGAAAACAAAAAAUAAACAAACAAGUCAAUAUAUUAAAAUUUAAACGAAUUUACACCGAAACGCAAGAGAACGAGCAAAUCCAAAUCCAAAAUGUUAUUUCACGGCUAAUUAGGCAAGUUAACCAAACUACGAGUACGUUCAGUAAAAUUAGCAUAAAUUCAAAACGGAAAGUUGAACUUUUGUUGGCAAUUUUGGGAUCCAGGCUCCACCCUCUGACAGUAACUGCAAACCAGGAAACCGCAACAAAAAGUUUAAGCCAUGAAAUAUGAUAUCCACACAUGCAUUCGUUAUAUAUAUACAUAUAUGUGUGUCUAUUUGGUAUAUUUAUGGUUCAAUUUUUGAAAAGUUUUCUUGUAAAUAAAUGGACUUACAGUUUUAGAAAAUAGCAACCACCAAGCAGCAACAACUAUAGCAAUAACCACUCGAAAAAAAGAACUACUAAACUAUACUAUAGUGCAUAUUGGGUAUACCGUGUUGGUUAUACUCGUGUGCGUCAGGACCUUAUGGCUAUUAAGUCGAAAUGCUGCAGUUGAAAUCUAAUACGCUUCAGUAUGCACAUCCAUACAUACAAUGUGUAUUUUUGUGUACAAGUGUGUGUCUGUGUUUAUGCAACUUCUCGAUGUGUACUUGAUGUCAAAGUUAUUAAAAUUGUGUUUUAUCAAAAGCA